UCAACCCUGAAUUUUCAAUUAUCAAAUAAACCGCCGCAAGAAAAUUCUGCGCUCCUUUUUCAAUUUCACAGCCAUGGUGACAUAAUCAUUCCCUUUUUUCCUUCUCUAAAACCCACAAUUCUUCACUCCUUCAUUACCGCUAUUCUUCAUCCUUCUUUAGAACCCAUUUACCAAUUGUCGCCAUGGAAAACCCUGUUAGAGUUACUCGUCUCGCCAAGAAGAGAGGCGCCGAAUUAAUCAGUGGAAACAAUGAACAACAUCAACCCAACAUCAAGAACAGAGUUAUUCUUGGCGAAAUCUCGAAUCUAUCCAAGGUACCCAAUCCUAAGAAGAAACCUAAUCUCAAGUCCAAGAAAGCAGUAAUUACAACAAUUCUUGACGAGUCUGUAGGGGAAAUCGAUUCAAAACCCGACGAUCCCCGGAUAUGUAAUGCUUAUGUAAUCGAUAUCUAUAAGUAUCUUCACAACAUGGAGAUUGAGGAAAAGAGAAGGCCGUUACCAGACUAUAUAGAGAAAAUUCAGAACGAUAUAAAUUCUAACAUGAGGAGUCUAUUGGUUGAUUGGUUGGUUGAAGUUGCUGAUGAAUACAAUCUUUUACCAGACACUCUUUAUCUCACAAUCUCUUACAUUGAUAGAUUCUUGUCAGCUAAUAUUAUCAAUAGAAACAAGCUUCAGUUACUAGGUGUUUCUUCAAUGUUAAUCGCUACAAAGUUUGAAGAGAUAGAUCCUCCAAGAAUCAAUGAAUUCUGCAAUAUUACUGAUAAUACUUAUUAUAAAGAAGAGAUAGUGCAGAUGGAAACUGAUAUACUUAAAUGCCUUAACUAUGAAAUCAGCAAUCCAACAAUCAAGACAUUCUUGCGAAAGUUCAUCAGUAUAGCUCAAGAGGACUACUACAAAAAACCAAAUUUGGAUCUUGAGUUCUUGGGAUGUUUCUUAGCAGAGUUAACCUUGUUAGAUUACGAUUGUGUAAAGUUUUUACCAUCCAAGAUUGCUUCAUCAGUUGUAUUCCUUUCACUCUUCACAUUACGCCCAGACCAGCAUCCUUGGAACUCGGCUCUUGAAAAGUAUACUGGCUACAAAGCAGCGGAUUUAAAGGAAUGCAGUUUGAUCAUACAAGAUCUUCAAAUUGGUAAAAGAGGGGGAGGCUCAUUGGUAGCAAUCAGAGAUAAAUACAAACAGCAUAAGUUCAAACAUGUAUCAACUUUAACCUGUUCCUGCGAAGUACCUAGCUAUUACUUUGAAGAAAUUCAGCACUGACAUUACUUGGAAGGUCUCAUCUUGACCAUUAGAUAAUCUGAAGAACCUAGAUUUUUUUGGUUUUUUGUUUUUAUGAUGUUUUAGUAUGUAUGUAUAUUAGUUUUUUUGUUUUGUUUUUGGGGGACCCUCAAUGAAGGAGAAUGAAAAGUAAAUUGACCAAUUCAAUAA